AUGAAAAUUCAAUGUAUUAAAGCCUAUCAAGUUGACCUUCCGCUCUACGAAGGCAGCUACAACUGGUCGGGCGGAAAAUCUGUAUCUGUCUUUGAUAGCACGAUUGUUUCAGUUGAAACGGAUGAAGGUAUUACCGGUUACGGUGAAGUCUGUCCGUUAGGACCGUUCUAUCUCCCCGCUUAUGCAACGGGGACUCGUACUGGCAUCGCUGAGCUCGCACCGCACCUCAUUGGUGAAGACCCGACGCAACUGCUUCCGCUCAACCAACGUAUGGAUAUCGCGCUCAAGGGACAUCCGUAUGUGAAAUCAGGAAUUGACAUCGCGUGUUGGGAUAUUCUCGGCAAGGUCUCAAACCAAUCCGUCUGCACACUUCUCGGUGGUAGAUAUGGCGAAGAUUUCAUGCUCUAUCGUGCGAUUUCCCAACAAGCUCCCGAUGAGAUGGCGGCGAAGGUUGCCACCUACCGUGCGGAAGGGUAUCGCAAAUUCCAAUUGAAAGUCGGGGGCGACCCAAAUAUAGACAUUGAACGUAUCCACGCGGUUGCGGAAUUGAUGGAACCGGGAGAUGUGCUCAUUGCAGAUGCGAAUACUGGUUGGUUGAUGCACGAGGCCGCCCGUGUUGUUCGCGGUGUGCGCGAUGUAGAUGUCUAUAUCGAACAACCCUGUCUCUCAUAUCAGGAAUGCCUUGCCAUUCGUCAGCGCACGGAUCACCCCUUUGUUCUCGACGAGACGAUUGACAGCAUUGAAGCGUUGUUACGCGGUCACGCCGACCGAUGCGAUGGAUGUCGUCAACAUUAA